AUGAUAAAUGAAAAAGAAAGCCCAAUUACUAGUAUACUAAUACAUUCAUACAAAGAACAUAAUGAGACAAACUUAAUAGAAAGUAAAAACUAUGUGUUAAGAUCAGACGUUCCAGAAAAAUGUGAUGCUUUAGCUUCUAACUGCUUUUUAAGUGGUAAUUUUAAUAUUGAAAAAUGCUUUCAAUGCGCCCUUUUAGUAGAACCCGAAAAAAAUAAAGAUGAAUGUUUCAAAUACUUAUCUGAAGAUAUUAGAAAUAAAUUCACCGAAAUAAAAGCUGAGACAGAAGAUGAUGAUGAAGAUGAUUAUACUGAAUAUAAAUUAACCCGAAUCUAUUGA